AUGGAGCCGAAAUCUCCCCCGCCGCCGCAUCCCAAGAGCUGGAGCAUCUACACCAGGCCCGAAAUCAUCGCCAAGUACCAAAUCCACGAGCGGGUCGGCUCCGGCGCCUACUCCGCCCGACGCCUCGCUGACGACCACAUCGUCGCCUUGAAAGAGGUCCACGACUACCAGUCCGCGUUCCGCGAGAUCGAGGCCCUCCGCAUCCUCCAGAACUGCCCCAACGUCGUCGUCCUCCACGAGUACUUCUGGGCGGAGGAUGAAGACGCCGUCCUCGUCCUCGAAUUUCUCCGGACCGACUUGACCGCCGUCAUCCGGGACGGGAAGAAGAAAGGUGGGAUCCGCUCCGGCGAGGUCAAGCAGUGGAUGAUGCAGAUUCUCUCCGGCCUCGACGCCUGCCACCGAAACAUGAUCGUGCAUCGCGAUUUGAAGCCUGGCAAUCUGUUGAUUUCCCACGACGGGAUCCUCAAAUUGGUUGAUUUCGGCCAGGCGAGGAUACUCAUGGAAGCCGGAUGUAUAGCAGCGGAUGAGAACCCUCCGCCGGCGCCGUCCGAUCCAUUGUGCAUUCACCACGGCGAUCCGACGACUGCUUCGUUCAAUUUCGAGAGAGGCAAUUGGGGCGGGGAAAAGCACCAUCAAUCCUCCACAUUAGGCGAAGAAGAUUCAUUCGCAGAAAUGACGAGUGAGUACAAGAGUCAGGAUUUCUUAGAUGAGAUGGAGGAGACGACCACCACUAGGGAUGGAAACGUCUCUUGCCUUGCAACCGGCACAGCUAGCGAGUAUGGCGAUGAUGGUUCCAGGAGCCCCAACUCAUACGACGACAAUGAUGAUGAUGAUAGGCCACAAGAAGGCUGCUUUACUUCGUGCGUUGGAACUCGCUGGUUCAGGGCACCCGAGCUGCUCUACGGAUCCACAGAUUACGGAAUGGAGGUCGAUCUGUGGGCAUUGGGCUGCGUUUUCGCCGAGCUUUUGACGCUCGAGCCUCUGUUCCCAGGGGGCUCCGACAUUGAUCAGCUCGGGAGGAUUAUCGGUGUGUUGGGGAACUUGAAUGAGGAAGUGUGGCCAGGUUGUGUGAACCUUCCUGACUACAGGACUAUGUCUUUUGGCAAAGUGGAGAGCCCUUCUGGGCUGGAGUCGUGCUUGAAGAACCGUUCGAGCGAAGAGGUGUCGCUGGUGAAGAAGCUGGUGUGCUAUGAUCCGUUUAGUAGGGCUACUGCGAUGGAGUUGCUUCACGACGUGUACUUCUCGAUGGAGCCACUUCCUGUUUCGCUCUCGGAGCUUCAUGUGCCGAGAUCGAACAGCGAGCAUGAUGUGGAUUCGCCAGGUGGGUGGUACGACUAUGCAAGAAACCCGCUAGAUUGGGAAUAG